ACGCACCAGCUCAUGCAUUUGCUCACACCCACGGGGAGAGACAACACAGGACUGCCACCUCCCAUGCAAAUCAGCCCCAGGAGCGCAGCUGGACUCCUCCCGCUGGGCAAUGCUCCUGGGCAGACCUUGUACAAGAUGCCAUCUCGGGCGCUGUGUAUUUUUCCUCAUUGUGGCUCUUUUGAGCGACGCUGUGGGCCUGGUCCUUUUGCUGGUGGGGAUCUUCGCCACACUCAACUACUGGGACUUCUUCGUCUACACAGGGGCUCUGAUCCUGGCCCUGAGCCUACUGUUCUGGCUUGCCUGGUAUUCCCUCAAUAUUGAGGUGCCUCUUGAGAAGCUGGACUUCUAGUGUGGCCACGGACAAGAGAGAUGCAGGUGGCGUAUGCAGCUAGGAACCUGGAGCCACCUGAACAUGAAGCCCCCACACACACACCGAAUGCCCGGCUGGGACAAGCGCAUCCUCUGGUAGUAUCCAAGAACAACCCAGAUGCUGCCGUGAUGAAGCCUUCACAUCACCUACAAGGGUAGCCACAAAUGACCGUGACAACAGGGCCCUAUCUGGAGCCCAAGCAUCCUGC